AUGAACCCAAUUAAGUACUACACAAAUGUUCAAGACCUUCGAAGUUACUUGCUUGAAAUCCUUGACACUCCCUCGAUUGAUACAGUGAAGGAUGAUGAAGCGUUCCGGAGCUACAUCUCUGACACAGUGGUGGCGAGCCGCGCUGUUGGAUGCAGGCGGUUUACCGUGCAAGCUGUCAACUACGUUAUGGGAGAGGUUGUUGCGAGAGCCCAGUGUCAACUCUUAAGAGAGAACGCCAGAAGUGUCCUGACCAUUGGCUACCUGAUGGGCCACUCUGAGGGUGACCUGGUUAUGAAGGAUAAAAACACGAUUGUGUCAGUCUUUGAUAGUCCAGAAUGGACGACACUCCUUUCAAAGUACGACUCACCAUCCUGA